AUUUUAGACAAUCAGUAUUAUAUCAAAUCAGAUCAGUUGCUGCUAUUUGAAUGUCCCACGCUUUUCGUGCAGCUAAUGCGGGCUUUUUUGGGACAACUUUUCCCGACUUUGCUAUCGUUUGGUUUACCUAGGGAGUCAUAAAAGUUAAUUAUUUAAGUUACUUAUCAACUAGACUACAAGGAAAGCUAUUAAUAAACGAUGUGGUGGAUAUUUUUGUUAUUGACUUUUGAUGCCUCUUCUGCGGAUGAAAGAGAAGACUUUCUAAAUGACUAUAAAAGUAAUCUGUUCGAGGCAGGAACCAGUGUUGUUCGAACAUCAAAACCUCCUGCAUUCAAUAUGCCUAUAGAUUUCAUGCGGUCUUUUGUACCAAAUACAGGCGUUGGAAACAGAGAAGAGCUCAUCAUUGAAAAGAUAAGAGAAGUGCCAGUCUUCUAUGAUGCUAAUUUCACGCAAUGGCAUUACAAGAGAUUCAACAAUACUGAUUACUUGUUGGGUUCAUCAAGUCGCCUCGUGGUUUUGAACAAAAUGGAGUCUCAUGACGAAAAUUAUUUUGUCUUCUCGAAAGAUGACGCUUUAUUUAGUUUCAUCCCAGAUGACAAAAGUGUUGUGAUUGAAACACUAAUAUUUACACGGUUUCUAAAACGAUCAUCUGCGUUGUAUGUAGCAAUUCUCAUUGAGAGAGCUGGUGCAAAUUUGAUCUAUGUUUAUGAAAUAAUUAGCAAUAGAGGCCUAAUGGUUGGUUUGAUCACUUUGGAUUUGAGCUCAGCCGGUCCAUAUGCCACAAAGAUAUCCUAUGUUCAGUCUCAGUAUGAAGGAUCUCUCGUUGUUCUUAUCAACACGCACGAUGUAGCAGAAAUCACUUACAAACAACAAGGUAGUACAGAAGUUUUACAUUACAUAGAAGUCCGUUAUCCUUCAGCAGUUGACUUGAUUACGUAUACAAUUCAUGGACAUGGUUAUAUAGCAGUAUCUAACUCGUCGGCCUGUGAAGUGUUUAAAAUGGACCAAUUCGCACGAAAUCAUAUUUUGUUUGACAGGAUUCAUUCUCCAUAUGGAGAUUUACUGGAUUUAGAAUAUUUCCGACUGGGUUUCCAUCAUUAUUUGACCGUAGCUGGGAAGAAUCAUCAAUAUCUUUACUCUUGGAAAAGUGGGGAAUAUGCAUGGAAGCAAACAUUUGACGCAAACAACGUGCGACAGAUAUUCUCCACUACUCUGCCUUCAUGCCGUGAUGACGUUAUUCUGUUCUUUAUUGGUGAUGAAUCUAUUGGGAUUUAUGUUUACAAUGGACAAAAUGAAACUUUCGUCAAAUCUGAAGUCGAAAUCCCAGUAGGUUUUAAAAUGAAUCCAGGAUCUGUAACUUCAUUCACGCGUAAGAACAAAGCUGUAUUAUUUUUCCUAAGCAAGGACUGGAAUAUUCAUGCCUUCUUGAUGGACACCAAGCUAAACCUCAUUCGAAAUCCAAUUUUAGUUGAAGGAAAAGAAAUUUCAAGAUAUAUGGAAGAAAUACAGGAGACGUUGAAGGAACAAACUAAACAAGUUGAUUACAUAAUGCAAGUUUUGCAAAAUGCCGUUCGUAAAACUGGCAGCCAAACUAUAACAGCCUUUCAGUCAUUCGAAGAACUGCAUUCAUCUGAAGGUACAGUGGUGGAAAGUAUAAAUAAUACUGUGUUCGUGGAAUGGGAUGGCUCAGAUUUAACACUGGAUCAGUACCGAAAAGGUACAGAUUGGCUAGAGAAAAAUGUACUGGAGCUAGAAAAGCUUGUCGAAGAAAUUGAAAAAGUUAUCCCAGAUGUCGUUCGAGUAGAUGAAUCGGUUGAAAUAACAGGCACAAAACAUUUUAUUGGCGAUAUUACGGGAUCUUCUAUUUCAUCCAUCUCUGUUGAUAUCCAAUCUAUUGCAGGUGUGAAUCUACCUCAGCUUCAAAAAGAAAUAUACAGGUUGGACAAACCACAAAAGAUUGAGGGAACUCUUAUAUUUGAGAACCCGCUCACAGUCACAGGUAAUUUAGAUGUUGAAACAACUGUGAAUGGAAUUGAUAUUAGCAAAGAUAUCAUGACUACAAAUACCGAACAAACUUCAUUUGCUCAUAUGACAUUCGAGAACAAAUUAGAUGUUCAAGGUGAUUUGAGCAUAUCUGGCACAUUGAACGGUAUUAAAGUUCGAGAUGAGGUUGUAACAUUAUCUGGAACGCAUCUCAUACGGGGUCAUAAGAAUUUCCAAGGUGGCUUGAUUACUGAGAACAUCACCACUCAGGUCAUUGACGGAGUGGUCAUUAAUGACCUGUAUCAAAAUGCUCUGACGAAGAGUACUCCUCAGGAGAUACCCGGCACAAAAACAUUUAGUGGUCUGCUGUCGAAGGACAUUCUGCUUGAUGGUUUGCUAAAUGGAUAUGAUAUUGCGAAAUUGGCGGACAAUAUUGUAAGGACAGACAGACCAGCGAUAAUUACAGGUCACAAGGAUUUCUUAGAAGAUGUUACAAUAAACGGUGCCCUUACAGUUGAAGGAACAGUGAACGAGUUGCGCAUUCCUGGAGAUAUAUUCCUAACGGACGUCAGCCAGGAAAUCACGGGUCUUAAAGAAUUCACCGGAGCUGUCUUUGCUAAGGACGUUGAAGUUGCUGGGAAAAUCGAUGGUUUGAGCAUUCCAGAAGACAUUGUUACGUUAUCCAAAGAUGAAGAAAUACCCAGCACUUUAUAUUUCACUGAUGGCAUCGAUGUUAAAAGCGAUAUUAUAGUAGAGGGACUUGUUGACGGGGUUGAUAUAUCUGAAGUUGCCAAAGAGGCUCUGAAACUGAAUGAAUCGAGCAAGUUUGAGAACGCCAUUUUCUUAGGUCCAGUCAUCGUGAAAGGGAAUCUCGAGGUAAAGGGUCUGGUGAACACCGUUGAUCUUGAUGAACUUGUUAGCAAUGUAGUUUUUAAAGAUGAGGAUGAUAUCGUUAUCGAAUCUGAGAAAAAAAUUCAUAAAGUGAUAGCAGAUCAUGUUAUCCUCCAAGGUAUGAUGAAUGGUUAUAACAUGGAUGUUGAUUUUAUGAAGGUACACGGAGAUCAAGUUAUAAACGGUACCAAGCACUUCAAAAAAUCUGUUACCUUUGACAAUUUAAAUGUUGAAAAUGGAAUGAUUGGUGACUUAAACAUCACUUACCUAUAUGAAAAUAGACUAUCCUUGUUAAUUGAAGAUGAAAUUGAAAGAGACAUAGAAUUCAACAAUGAAGUGGUCGUUCCAGGUGAACUUAUUGUUCAAGGUACAGUAGGAGGUUUGAGAAUUCCAGAAGGUGUGGUUCUCAGGAAUUCGAAGAAUCCAAUAUCGAAUAAAAUCUUCACAAAUCUAGUGAAAGUGGACAACUUGAUUGUUGAUGGUGAUGCACUAGUGACUGGUUCAUUCAAUGGUGUCAAUCUCAAUCAAUUUGUGGCUGACAGAGUAAAGCUGUCUGGAGACCAAGAAAUCGAAGGGGAUGUCUUUUUAGCAGACAGUGAAAUUGCUGCACUAGAAAUAGCCAGCACAGUCAAUGGUGUGGAUAUUGUAGAAUUCGCCGACAAUGUUAUGUCUAAGACCAAACCUCAAACUGUAACAGCUAAAAAGGAAUUUAUAGGUCCAGUUACAGUUUAUGGGAAGAUUACGACGAAGGGUGGUGUGAAUGGAUUUGACCUUCCAAAUUUAAAAAGCCGUGCAUUCAAGCUACAUGAAGAUAACAUUCUAACUGGCCAAUUUAAAUUCCAAGAUAUUUCAGUGAAUGACAUGAAAUUGAGUGGUUUAAUAAAUGAUGUCAAUUUGACUAAAAUCUCUGAGAACAGUCUGAAAAAGAAAGGACUUCAAUAUGUCAGUGGAGCUACUAUAUUCGGAGCAGGAUUUCACGUGGAAGGAGACAUCAACGCAGAUUACGUAAACGAUAUAUCGAUUGUAAAAGAUGUUCUUCUGAAAAGUAUUCCACAGACGAUCACAGGACAAUACACUUUAGGAAAACUAGAGGUAUACGGGGAUAUGGAUGUUACAGGACUUGUAAAUGGGCUCGAUUUGUCAGAAGUCGCUCCAAAACUGGCAAGAAUCGACGAGGAGACUAUUCUUAUUUCAAAUGUGACUUUUGUUGGUCCGAUUAGAGUCACUCAUGAUGUUACCGUCUCUGGCCUGGUAAAUGGAAUUGAUCUGAAUAAGUUGUCCGAUAAUGUCCUCUUGAAAAGUGGUAAACAAGAGAUAAAAGGAAAUAAAAUUCUCAAAGGUAACGUGACUAUCAUAGGUGAUAUUGAUGUAGACUUCGUCAAUGGCGUCAAUUGGAAGCAAUUUCUGUCUGAUGUAGUUCGAACGAAUGAACCUCAAACUAUAACAGUUCCAAAGACAUUCCUUGCUGAUGCUGAAGCAGAUACAGUUUAUGCUAAACUUGCAACAGUAGGUCUAAUAAACGAUAAAAGUUUGGAGAAGUUAAUAGAAGAUGCAGUCUUCAUAGAUAUUCCUACUAAUAUAACAGGUCCUAAGGUAUUUAAAAUGCCGAUUGAAAUAUCAGGAAACAUGACUGCUGAGCUCAUAAAUGGCUUGAGAUUAAAAACAGACGUCAUUACCUUGCUAUGCAAUCCAGAUGGUCCCCGUGAGCAAAUUAUAACAGGACGUAAAACAUUUACAAAGCUGACCGCUGAUAAUGACGUAAUGGUAGGAGGAACAGUUAACUCUUACAAUCUGCCAGAUUUGUACAAAGAUACUUUGCUGAUCGAAGGAGACCAACGAGUUGAAGGACAUAAAAAAUUGACCACAGAAGUGCAGUUUACGAAAAAUGUCUAUCCAGAAACUGUGAAUAAAAUGAAACUUAAGGACCACCUAGUUACACUAGAUACUGACCAAGAAAUCCAAGGACCCUUAAUGUUUACUGGGGAUGUUUUUGUUGAGAAAAAUCUCAUUGUUGACGGUUUAAUCGAUGGGGUGAAUCUGACUCAGCUGGCUAAAGAAUCAGUGUACUUGGACACUGAUCAAACCAUAGAUGGAUCGUUUUAUUUCUACGAAGCUGCUUCGACAUCUGAUGUGAAAGUGGCGGGAACAGUUAAUGGAUUGGAUCUUGUUGCAUUUGAUCGCAAUGUCAGCAAAUUCUGGGUCGAUGCUUCUCAUUCAUUGACAGCCAUUGAAAAACACUCCAAAGAUAAUUGCGAAAUGCUACAAUACCUUCAAAAAGUUCUUUCGAAAUCUUACUACGUGUUGAAUGGCUUCUUUCUUUACCAAGACUUAAAGCAUCCUGCAAGUUAUAUUCACGUCAAAUCUUCAAGUGAUGUCGCUCUCGUUGCUCUAGACAGCCUAGGAUCCACCGCACUUGCUGUUCCUAAUGUUUGGGAACCACAAUCCAGAAGUUUUGUAUCAGGAGCAGCUUUCCAAUCGUCCAUUUCUAGAAUCAUUACUCUUACGGUUGGCAUAACUGAGAUUUCAGUACACAUUGGGAUAUUUGAGAAAGAUUCAGAAGUAUUAAUUAACGGAAAAGUAUCUGGCCUGCCUAAUGGAUUUAAAGAAGCAUCGCUUGUUGUCAGAAAACAAAAUGAAGUCAUAAUCGGAUUCUUGUAUCCAUCCAAAGGAAAGUGUGAACUCUACAGAUUAUUUAACUUAGCCACACCAAACAUUGAAUUUGAAACAUACGGCCCUGUUAACGUUGGAAAAGAAACAACUUCCAUUGCAAUAUUUAUUAUGAGGGAUAAUCUAUACUUGGCUGUAUCCAGGCAUUAUGACCCACCCUACUACAGAGGUUUCUGCAAGAUAUUUGGACAGCAGGGGGAUAGCUGGCAGCGUUUACAGAGCAUUUCAGUUGCAGCCAGUACUUCUGUCAAACAUUUUAUGUAUCAUAAUUACCACUAUCUUGCUUUCACCAAUAAUGCUCCAGUUCACGAAACAAGAGAACCGAAAUCAGUUCAGAUUUACAGAAAUUCAGGACCUGAUGAAUUAUUUUUCACCUUGUUUCAAAAAGUACCGUUCGAAGAUGCUAAAGGUUUGGAUCUGUUUGAAUUUGGAGAUCUGCCUGAACUUUACAUGGUUACGUGGAACGAAACAGUCAUCCAGAUCUUCAGGUUAGAAGGAGAAUCUGGAUUGAAAGAAGCCUUCACUUUACAUGGAAAAUGUAUAAAGAAUGUCAAAGCAUUCGUAUUAGAGAAUGAUAUUUAUUUAGCAGUUGGACAGCAAGACCUCGAAACAGAUGGAACAGUUACAUCAGUUCUCUACAAAGGUUUAAUAAAAGGUUCAAAAUUCAUACCACAUAACUUCAUUUAUUGUUAAUAUGGCUGGACCAUGUUUUUAAAACUGAACUUUUUUUUGCACCGGACUGAAGCCUUCCAAACUGCAUUGUUAUUGUUUGCAGCUCGUUUAUUAAACAUUUGUUACAUUUUAAUAAAUAUUGUUGAAUUUUA